AUGGGUAAAGUGCGGUCGACGCCGGGUGCCCCCCGGAAAGAGGGCUUCAAUAAAUCAGGGCAUUCCAUGAACCCUGAUCGACCUACAGAAGGACUAAAAGGUGUGGGUAAACCUCGUACCAAAGGCACUAUUAAGCGGCUGCAGAUGUACAGAAACUUUAAAGCUAAAAGAGAUAAAACAGGAAAGAUAUUGACACCAGCACCAUUUCAAGGCUGGGUACCAUCAGGUACACAAGCAAGAGUUGAACCUAACCAAAAGUGGUUUGGAAAUUCUAGAGUUAUAUCACAAAAUGCUUUACAAAAAUUUCAAGAAGAAUUUGGAGCUGCAGUAAAGAAUCCAUACCAAGUUGUUAUGAAACCUACAAAUUUACCAAUUACUCUACUAAAUGAAAAAGCAAAACAUGCUCGUGUUCAUUUACUUGAUACAGAAGGAUUUGAUAAAACAUUUGGGCCAAAGAAACAACGUAAGAGAGUUAAUCUUAAAUUUAGUGAUUUACAAACAUUGUCGAAAGCUGUUGAAGAUAGUGUUGACAAAUAUGAUGAGAGCAAAGAUAUUGAUAGAGUUCGUGAAGAUACCGGUAUGAAAGAUGGACAGAGGGAAUGGAUAUUUGGAGCCGGUAUGAGUCGCCGAAUCUGGAAUGAGCUUUAUAAAGUCAUAGACUCCUCAGAUGUAUUGUUGCAGGUACUUGAUGCUCGUGAUCCUAUGGGGACAAGAAGCCCUUAUGUAGAAAAAUUUCUCCGGGAGGAAAAACCACAUAAACAUCUUAUUUUUAUACUAAAUAAGGUUGACUUAGUGCCUAACUGGGUAACCCAAAGAUGGGUUGCUAUUUUAAGUGCAGAGUACCCUACAGUAGCAUUUCAUGCAUCUAUGACACAUCCUUUCGGUAAAGGGUCUCUUAUAAAUUUACUGCGACAGUUCGCUAAAUUACAUAUUGACAAAAAACAAAUAAGCGUAGGCCUUAUUGGUUACCCAAAUGUGGGUAAGUCUUCAGUCAUAAAUACAUUAAGAGCAAAAAAAGUAUGUAAAGUAGCUCCAAUUGCUGGUGAAACUAAAGUAUGGCAGUACAUUACUUUAAUGAAAAGAAUAUACUUAAUAGAUUGUCCAGGUAUUGUUUACCCAUCAGCAGAAACUGACACAGAAAAAGUGCUUAAAGGAGUUGUAAGAGUGGAAUUAGUUCAAAAUCCUGAAGAUUACAUUGAAGAAGUGAUUAAAAGAGUACGCAAGGAAUAUCUUGUAAAAACUUAUAAAGUUGAUGGUUGGGAAACAUCAACAGAAUUUUUAGAAAAAUUAGCGGCAAGAACUGGCAAGCUUUUAAAAAAAGGUGAACCUGACAUAAGUUCUGUUGCUAAAAUGGUACUUAAUGACUGGCAAAGGGGAAAGCUACCAUUCUAUGUUGCACCUGAAGGUUUUGAAAUUCCUUUAUCAAAACAAACUAAAGAGAGUCACUCAACUGACGUUCCAGUACAGUCAACUACAGAGACAACAAAUGUAGACCCAAAAGAAACACCUAACACAGAAUUGAAAGAGGAUAAUAUAGAGAAACCAACACUUACUGUUAAUAAAUUAGUUAUAGCCCAAGAUUUUGCUAAAAUAAGGGUUGGGUUGCAGUUUGACAAUGAAGAUGAUGUCAAACCAUUAGACAAAAUCACAAUACCAGAAGAGCUGCAAGGAAUUGAUGAACAAAAUACUGAAGUUUCACUGGAACAAAAUAAGAGCAAUUUAGACAAUUCUACAGUGGAUGAAAAGCCUAAUAACAUUGAAAAUGAUGAGAAUAGUGACUCAGAUAUAAGUAGUUUCUAUAGUAAUGAUGAGGAUGUGUGCAGCGACGUUGAAGACUACUUAACACAUGAUCCAGAGACUGUUAAAGAAAUGAGGCAACAAAAAAUUAAGGCUGCUAGUGGUACAUUUGUUAUUGAAGAGGUUGCACAGAAUGCUAUGAAACGGAAAAUCCUUCAAAAUGGUGACGCUCCGCAAAAAGCUAAAAUGACAGCAAAAAGAAGAAGAGCUAUAGAAAGAGCCCAGAAACGCACGAAAACAGGAAGCAACUUCUAUGAAGUUUCUAAUGUUAAAAAUAGGAACAGAAAUAAGAAAAAGCCCAAACUUCUAUUUUAA